GGCUGUGACAAUGCAGGGAGAUGCGGUUGAAAGAUACUGAAAACACCCAGAACAACAACAGACGGGGAGAUUCGUCUCCUCUCCCCCGCCACCUCCCGAAACAAAACUGAAAAGAGAAUGUAAUUACUGUCAGGGUUGAAGACUGGCUGUUUCGAGUGUCCUGUGUUUAAAUUCUGCGAUGAAAGCCCAGCGUUAGUGAUUUUUUUUGCUUCAGCCUCUCAGAUAGACAUCGCAAGCUGUGCGAGGCAAAGUAAGAGUACCUCAUCAAUGUGUAGCAAGUUCCUUCCUGUGCUUUGGAAGAUGUGCUUUGCUUGUCCGUGGCAUCAAUGAAAACCGGUGGCAUCAAUGAAAACCGGAGGCAUCAGUGACGGUGAUUGGAUUUUAGUCUUUGUGAAGUUGUGUGCUGCAUGUAGUCAAAGUUCCUCCUCUAGCAAGGAUUUUACAGUUACUAAUGGAAAUACCCAGUGAAACAUCAGCAGCCUGAAAGCUUUACCUUGGAUGCAAAAGCCUGUUUUCUUUGCUAAGAUUCUUGCAUCAAUCACUCAUCUUGGUUUUGCCUGAAGAAAAAGAAGACAAGAAAAGAUGGACUGGAAUGUAAGGCCAGUCCAGAAUGCUGAUGCAAAUGCAAACCUGCAAAGUGAAGGAGCAUGUUUCACUCAGUUACUUCCUAAUGGACAUGCCUUUCCUCAGACAAAUGCCAACUCCUCUAAAAAUGCAUUCACUCAUGCUGACAAUAACCAAAUCGUGUAUAUGCCAACUAUCAAUGUUGCCUUCCCUGCUGUAAAUGCUGAAGGAUUCAAAACUUCAGAUCAAACCUCACCAGGAGCAUCAGUAACUGGUAAUAAUUUUUUUAUGUCAAAAUACUCAGUUAAAAGGAAUCAACAGAUGUACGUAACAGCUCUAAAACCUCCCAUUCAGAAUUCCCCUUUGCGGCCAGAGAUGACUCCGACUUCUUGGCCAGUCUCUAAUCCCUACAGUUAUCCCUGCAGAAAUGUACCCCCUCUGUCCUCUCAAGUGAACACAGGGAAUAAUGUAAGGAAUGUGCUUGGAGAGCCCCAGUACAGCAAUACCAACACUUACACCAUGCAGCCAGAAAUGCUGCAGCAUAAUUCCCUGAGACUUGCAACACUACAUCAAGGUGGCAUUCAUCCCCAGAAUAAUUCUUUUCCUCUUGGUACUUCCGGGCAACAUGUCCAACCCCAAAUAUUUAAUUCCAAUAAUCAGUGUAAAGUUUUGUAUUCAGCGAAUCAAAAUACUGGGACAAAUAUACAGCUGCCACAAUUUCAGCAGAGUCAGAUGGGAUCAGAAGCUCCUAGAGGAUGUUCUGCACCAUCUUUGUUGCCUGCCAACUGUGUUUCAAGGCCUGCAGCACAAUCUUCACUGGGCGUACCACAGGAAAUGCAAAAUGUACCUAAUGGAUACAACAUAAACCAGCAGAGGUGCUCACUGGAUCCAAAAAAUGCUCCUGGGUUUAACAGUAUUCAGCAACACUGUCAGAAGCAGCAAUCUGGAGAAGUUAGUCAAUCCAUCAGGAAUGUCUGUAAUCCAAGUGGAAGUGUGACAGCCAGUCGAUCUUUUAGUGAAAGUUCUGUGUCAUCCCCUGGCAUUCCCAAAGAACUCCUUGAUGUUGUGAAAGAAAUAGAAGCUCUUUCUUCAAAGCCACUGAGUGAUCCUGCUUCAGUUCCAGAGAGCCAGACUAGUAGUUUGAUGAAUGGGCCUGUUAAUGCUCAGAUUUCUUCAGUGGUAGCAACGCAUGGAGUAGGAAUUACAAAGGAGAGACUAGCUUGGGAAGCUGAAAAGCUGAAAUGUCUUAAAAAAAGGGUUGUCCUGCUUGAAACGGUUCAUAAUUAUAAAAAAAAAAUCUAUCAUGAAAAAAAUACUCAUUCUCUUCCUCCUAGUUAUCCAUGUUCUCCUAAUUGUCUUCCAUGUGUGCCCAAACAAAAUGUACAGCCUCCCCCAUCUGAAGCAGUGAGGACAGAGAGGCCCACGCUCAUGGUUUCCCAUGAAGAAAGAAAUGAUAAAAACCUAGCCAGUGCUGAUAACAGAAGAUUAGAGGUGACUCAGAGUAACCCUCAGGUGAAGCAGGGAAGUCUUUCAUCAAGCUUCACUGCUAUUCCCUCUCAGAGCAAAGUCCCAGCUCAAUUUAAUAAUCCUGAGAGCAUCUUGGAACAAAGGGAUGUGCAUGCUUUGGCCUCUUCUCAAGGAACUGUGACUUCCUCGAACAAUGCUUCGUGUUUUACUCAAGCGGGGAGCUCUGUCAGGACUGCAUCAAAGACUCUGCAAAUUGGCCCUGAGAACUCAUCAUUUCUUCAGUUUGUAUUGAGCAGCACAAACGUGCUGAAAGAGAAGACAGCUGGUGCUACUGCUGAUAAAAUACUGACCAAUCUCCUGUGUAGUGAAAAACCACUGCUUGAUACAUCUGUCUCGGGUGGAAGCUUGCUAAAAGACACUAGUGAGAAGAAUGUAGAAAGUCUGAAAGGGGAGCAGGCAUCUGUGGCUCACACAAACUCUCCUGCAUCAGAAACAACUGCAUCUGGUGAUGCUCAGUUGCAGACUGAGGUAGCUCAGAAAAAAACACCAUUUACUGAAAAUGCAUCCUGUAGCCAGAGCAAUUGUAAUUACUCUAUGGAAGAGCUGGUUGCAUGCCUGCGCUUGUGGGGGAAGUAUCCACCAGAAUCUGUAAGUGUGGAAAAUAAACAGUCAAAUGAAAGCACCACAGCCAAUCAGGUUUCAUCCUCUGACCAAAACACAAAGAAGGGAGAAAAAAAUAAUGUGCUGGAUAGCAUGGAUGAGGCUGUUUUGCCUGUAACAACUACCUCUGUGGGACAAAAACUUGAUACACUGACUUCCAAUUUGAUAAAAAAUUUUGAACCUCAAGUUGCAGUUGUCUCUCCUUUAGUGCUUUGUGAACAAAGAACACUAAGUGAGCAGGCAGGCAAGAUCCCAACGUCUGAAGGUAAAACCUAUCCAGCAGUCAACUUGGGGAGCACAGGUAGCUUGCAAGAAGAGGGGGAAAAUGGUUUAAAUGUGGCAAGUACUGCCAAAGGAACAAUAGAAAAUGCUUGGUCAUCACCCAGUGAUUGUGUUCUGGAAGAAAAAGUGGAUUCAGAUUUGCAACAGAUCAAAGUAGGUGAUGAAAACCAAAGGAAAGUUAGUCAAUCUGCACAAGAUGCAAGAGGAAAUCUGCAGUUUGGAUUACAAAACAAGGCUCCUCUUCCUGAAUCAGGCACAAAUUUUUGUAGUCAGAUCUCUCAAGAAGGUACAAGAGACCAUGAAGACAAGCAAGCUCUGUUAGAGGCAGGAGAUACAUCUACAGCUGUGCUGGAAAAUGACAUGCUCUGCAUUUCUAGUGUUUGCUCGCUUGUUGAAGGUGAUAAAUUUUAUAACCCACAAAUAGCAGGCAUGUUCAAAUCAGUCUAUGAGACACUGCAAUCAGAAGGAAAUGCAUCUGGUACAAAGCAAAAGGAACAACAUUCGGACUUGAAUAAAACUGAGCUGAGCAAUAACACUGCCCAAAGAGAGAGCUUGCUGCUAAAGAUGUUGGAAGAAUCAUCAAGUCAUUUGGAGAAGGAAAGCAGUGGCAAUCCUCCUAAAGCAGUUCCUACCUCUGAACAAAACACGUCAUUCAAGACAUCUUCCAAGCAUCCUGAAAAUUCCUUAGAAAGUCCUGCUAAUACAAAACAAAAGUUAGCUCAAAAUUCACUGGAUUCCUCUAUCAGCAUAACUGCUAAAACAAAUGCACCCACUGUUCCAGGAGACUGCAGUAAACAAAAUUCCACGCCCAGUAAAAAUAGCACGGAAAAGGAGGUGAACUUCCUUGGAGCAAAACCUAGUAAAUAUCUAAAAGAUCAGCUGCUUGCUCUAGUGAAAGAGUUUCCAUAUGGCAUUGAAGGUGUUGAUAUGCUAACAAAAGAAGCAGCACAAAGUCGUUCAGUGGCUGAAGGGGCAGAGAAUCAGUCUCAAAAAGAGGUUAAAAUUUGUGACAAGAAUUCUCAUUUGAAGGACCCAGUAAAUCAGACUAAAUUUGCAGUGUUAAGAUCUGAUCAGGUUCAAGAACUGUCUCCUGUGCACAACCAGUGUCCCUCUAGUGACAGCAAGAGAGAAGUGAGGCAACAGUCAGAAAAGGCUUCAGCUGACAAGAACAACCUUGAAAGCAGUGUCCAGCCUAGUCAGGAUCUAUGUGAGAAGGAAAAAACCCCACAAGAAACUUCUAACCCCAGUGAAAAAAAUGAAGAUGGCUCUUUAUCAGGGGGUGUAUCUGUAACAUAUAAAAUACCACAUUGUCCCUCUCAGUUACAAACAUCUGGUUCAGACAAAAAUGAUUGUCAACUUUCAAAAGCUGAAAAUACUGACUCUGCAGAGACAGAAGAAAGCAACAGUCAAUCUGAUGCCUUGAAAAAGGAAAACUGUAUAGUGGGAGGAGACCUGACAAUAUCUGAAAAAAUCCCAGACAAUAUUAGCAAAAAUAAAGAUAUUUGCAAAUACACCUCUGAAAUGAGCAAGAAACCUAGGCUGAUGGUGGAUGAUGAAUACAAACUGCCUACAACAAAGCAGGAAAAAAUUGGACCAGUUAAUUCUUUUGAAAACCAGGAUGCUGAUAAAUGCAAAAGCGGCAGUUUGAAGGAACAUCUGCAAAUUGACAAAGGAACCCAAGUGUCAAGUAAAGAACUGAAUUCUUUCAAAAAAGAGCACCAGACAGCUUCCGAAGAGUUACCAGAAAAAACUGAUCAUACAUAUGCAGACAACAUGGCGAAGUUGCCUGUAAAGAAGGAGGGAGUUUUCAAAACUGAGUCCCUUUCAAAAGAUACAACCAAACCAAGCCUGACCAUGAAAUCCAAAACAGACAUUCAUCAAACUGUGAAGUCAGAAACUGUUGAAAUUAAGCAAUCUGAAGUCAGUCAAGGACUAAAAAAAACAACUUGUGAAGAGAACUCUGCUGAAGAACAAAGCUGCAGGGAACAAAAGGAAGUGCUUAGGCAAGACGUAGGAAUUAGUGUCAAAGAGCAAGCAAAAUUGCCAGCAGAAAUAAAACAUAAAAAAUUGAGUAGUUAUCGAGCUGAUGCUGUAAAAUUCUCCGAUAGUAGCACUGUAGACUUCAAAUCAAGACACACAAAAUAUUCUCAGCAUAAAUCUCUGAAAGUUCAUUCUUUGCAAGAGCAGUCAUACAAACGGAAGAUGAAGGAAAAUAUGGUUGGGAAGAGAGAAUUUAAGAAAGCAAAGCUGGAAGAGGAAGGACUGAAACAAUCCGAAGGAAAGAGUUCUAAGCAGCUUGCACACAAUUGUUUGCUAAAUGCUGACAAAGCUAAAAAACUGAAUGGAGAAAAUGGUUGGAAGCCAAGGAGUUCCUUAGCAGAUUGCUCUGUGCUUAAACUGCAGAGAAAAAGGGCUCGAUCUUCUAGCAUGUCUAAAAACUUCUUUUCUAGCAAAGAAAGACAUCUCGAUGGUCAAAACAAAGACAAGUGCUCUGAGAAAAUGUUUCCUGAUAAAAAUCUUCUCUACCUAAACAGAAGAAAUAACAGACUAAAGCUGCAUCUUCAAAAGGAACCCAAAAAACACUACCUGAACAGAGUGGCAUUUAAACGUACAGCACAGGAGCGCAUCUCUCUGACAAAAUUGGAGACAUCACCUGUCAGACCUGUCUGGCAUAGAACCACCAAAAUGUCACAAGGCAGCAGCUCAAAAAAAGAUGUGUCUGUCUCGACAGUUGAGAAAUCAUGCAAACAGGAAGUCCUUGAGUUCAAGCUGUAUCCAGAGAUACUGUUCAGAAAUCCAGCCCCUGGCGAAGAAAGCUUAGCUGCAAAGAAUUCUCCAGAAAGAGAUAAAGUCGUUGUAGAAGGUGUCAAGAGUAAAAAAGAAGAUUGGUUAAAAUGUGAACCAGUGAAGCAAAAGAAACUGGAAGAGAUCUCUACAGCUGAGGACAGUAUUCCCCUUGAUACAGCUAUACAGAUCCUGGAAGGAGAUGGAGAGACUCUUCAAAUUCCUGUCAAAGACUCAAAAGAGAUUUUUCAGACCUACAGGAAAAUGUAUCUGGAAAAAAAGAUGCAAAAAUCUUGAUAGGACUCCUGUAUCAAAGGUCUCACUAUCACUAAGAAAAAAAUGCCAACACUAAAAUGAUUUUUUUUCUGUUUACUUCAUGUUGCUGAAUAAUUGUAAAAGCCCACAGUUUUCUGGUGGGUGUUGAAAAUUUCCUUCCCCAAUUCCUCAUAUUUGUGAAUAAUUACCAUCUUAUUCUGUAUUUAUUGUCCAGAUAUUCUUUGGUGCUGUAAAUGCUGUUUUAAACGUAUUUCUUCUUUUGCCUUUUUUUCUUUCUUUUUUUUUUUAAAGAUAGAAUAGCUCAUUGAAUCUUGACCAAAAAAUAACAAACUCAUUUAAACUGUUGUAGCAUGUUUUCUUUCCUGAUUCUCAAAAACUUUUACUUAUUAUACUUUCCAUUGCUGGCAGUGGAAAAAUAUUUCUGCUGCAAAGGGACUGCAGUGGAUUCCCUAGCAUUACACUUCUGUUUCCCACUUAGGGUAGUCUGAUGGUUUUGCUUCUGUUUCUGUAGAAACUUUUUUUUCUAAACUGGGAAUAGAAAUGUAAACCCCUCAAUGCAAGCAUACAGAUCAGGGGCAUUUAUGAAUUAUUCAUGCUGCUACCCAGUUUUGUUAAAUUUCUUUUUGUGGAGCUUGGAUGAACGGAACUUUGAGUUCAUAGUUUGAACACAGUGCUGCAGACUGUUAGUUUACUGAGACUUCUCUUGCUUUUCGUGUUCUCUUUCUUUGCCACUUCUAUUGUUGAAGUGCAGGGAGUUCAAAUUCACUCUUGUCUGGAUUAUGUUGCUGAGUUCAGCUAGACUGAUUAAUUUUUUUGUUUAUAAAGUGUUAGAUUAUGUUUGCUUACACAUUCACUGUGACAUAACAGUUGUAUUUGUCAUUAGCUGUCUUUUGUUUAAGUGCCUUUUCACUGUUACUCAAAAUUUAAAAUCAAAUCGUAUUUUUACAGAGAUUUGGUACUUGAUUCUUUCUAUCUUAUUAAACCUUUAUGCUGAACAAAAAACCUGUAGAUACCUUACUGAACAGUUUUUAUACUUGAAAUAAACUUUUGAGGACUA